AUGAGCUACAUCCACCCCUCAUGGAAUUAUCCUGGCCAUUCGGGUCUCCCAAUGGACCACACCCUCGCAUAUGACCCAAGCAUGGUCCCUCCUCCCAUGAUGCACCCCAUGGACGGCUACUGCUACCCUCACCCACCUAUGGAGAUGAUUGAUUAUUACCACCAACCUAUCAUGGACUACGACGAAUACACAGAGAACCUGUCCCGACCACGCUUGACCAAGGAGCAAGUCGAGACCCUUGAGAACCAGUUCCAGGCUCACCCUAAGCCCAGCAGCAAUGUCAAGCGUCAAUUGGCCGCUCAGACUAACCUGAGCUUGCCUCGUGUUGCUAACUGGUUCCAAAAUCGACGCGCCAAAGCGAAGCAACAAAAACGCCAAGAGGAAUUUGAGAAGAUGCAAAAAGCCAAGGUCGAAGCGGAGGAGGCGGCUCGUCGCAAGUCGGACACUUCGGAACAACUGUCGGGAUCUCAAGCUUCUGCUUCCAAGGAGGAGCCAGAGCGAUCCCCAACCCCCAAACAACAAUCGAGUGUGAAGGCUGAGGGCAGUGCAAAGAUCGAUGAGAUAAAGACACAUCACAAAACGAAGAGUGAGUCUGCCCGAGAUGCAACCUUCGCAUCAUUGCAGCGAGCACUGAACGCUGCAGUGGCUGCAAGGGAUCGCUUCACAGGACGGGAAUCGCGCACCAAGCACGACUCUUCCAUUGAAGAAGAAGCUAUAUCGCCCACAGCCAUGGCUCCGCCUAAGGCCCCUACCGCACAAGAGAACAAGGGCCAAGCGUCCUACCAAUACCAGGAGUGGCCCGAGGUCAAAGAGUCGGCUCAGUGGGCAUCAUCUCACGGCCACUCCCUGUCUGAGCUGCCAACCUCCUCGCACUCUAUUUCUCAGAAUGUGGACGCAUUCGCCGGUGCCCAGUUCACUCAGCAUGAGGAGUGGGUUGAGACUCCUAAAGACCAUAUGCAUGCUGGACCCGAUGGUCUUAGUUACACGAACAUGCAAUACCCCCUGUCCAUGCAGACUCCCGAUAUCUCCGUCACCCGACGUGAGUCAUCUAGUGCUCUUACUGCUUCUUUGGAGGGUAUUGGCAUUUGUACACCUGGAUCUGCAGCUUCGAGCCAGGCUGGAGGAUCAUGGAAGGGGCCAGGACAAGAGCUUGACCUUGCCGCUCGCCGAAAGCGCCCCCGUCCUGCUGCCAUUGGCACGUCCAACACUCGCUCCCUAGCUGCCUCAACCUCUAUGUCCUCCCUUUCUCCAACUAGCCGCGUGCCUAGUUCGGGUGCUGGUAACUCGAUGAGGCAUUCCAAGUCGGCUCAGUGCCUGAACAACAGGUACGCUGGUGUCCGCAAGGCGUCAGCGGCUCAACGGUCUCCUCUCAACUUCACAUUUGCCGAGUCUGGCUCCAUGAAGUCUACUAAGACUGAGAUGUUGCGACCAUCGGUCUCAACAACCUUGGCUCCGCCAACUCCAUUGACCCCUCAAGACUUCCAGCACUUCAUGCCGGCUUCGCCGACUGACAGCUACUGCCUAUCCGCGCAUUCCAACACUCAAUUUUUCCCCUCAUCUCAGCCAAUGCAAGUGAACAUUGCAUCACCUCCUACUACUCCACUUGACAUCUACUCCCCUUUCACAUAUCAGAAUGCGGCCCCGCCAAUGUCCGCUCCGGCUCAAGCUAGCAACUUCCCCGAGUACAUUAACUGUGAGCCGGCUCCUAUGACGGCGCGCAGUUGGGCAGAUACUACUGCUCUCUCCUCGCCGGAAUAUCCGGCAGGUCUUCAGGUGCCUCACUCCAACAACGUCUCGCCGGUUGGUUUCGAUGCUUCCGUUGACCACCGCGGAAAUGGCUUUAUGGAUUCUGUUUCAGGCUCUCCAUCUUUGAUCUACUCAAUUGAGGAUGCCGAUAUGCCAAUUUCUGCAGAUGUUGAAAGGAAGGCGUCAGAGUAUUCAAUGCAUGAGUUUCACGAGCAGCAAGACGCUCAUAGUUUCGCCGCUCACCAGAUGGGGUCUGUUCACAAGCCAAAGGCCUAUACAUUUGCGAACAACUCCACGCCGAGCCGCUACCCCUGA